GAUGCCGGGAACUCCCCGGAACUUUUCUGCCCGGAACGGUUCCGCCGCGCUCGCGGUUCCCGCGCCGGAAGGGCCGGGAGGGCUCCCAAGAUGGCGGCGCCCACGCGGUUGUGUCACGUCUGGGUGGGGGCCGAGACCGGAGCCCUUAAAGGGGUGAACCUGCUGCGCAAAGAGGCCUCGAACCACGCGGGGGGGGAGGGGCUGAGCCGGGCCCGGGGGGUCGCGGCGCUGACCUGGGGGGACCCCGCCCAGAGCGAGGUGCUCGUGGGGGCCCUGGAUCGCUCCGUGAGCGUUUUCAGCACCGAGAAGGGAAAAUUCACCGGGGGGCGGCUCUGCCCGGGGGGGGGCGGCGCCUUCUGCGGCCUGGGGGUGCUCGGCAGCUCGGUGGUGACCGCGGUGGAGUCGGGGCUGGUUCGGGUCUGGGGGGAGCAGGAGGCUGAGGAGCCCCUGCAGGAGCUGCAGGCAGGGCCGGGGCUGUGCCGGAUGCGCCAGGACCCGACGCGGCCUCACCUGGUGGGGACGGGGGGGAAGGAGAACGGGCUCAAGGUUUGGGACCUGCAGCGGCCCCAGGAGCCCCUGUUCCGUGCCAAGAACGUGAGGAAUGAUUGGCUGGAUUUGCGCGUCCCGGUCUGGGACCGGGACCUGCAGUUCCUGCCCGGCUCCCAACGGAUCGUCACCUGCACGGGGCACGGCCAGGUGCGUCUCUACGACCCCUCCUCGCCCCGGCGCCGCCCGGUGCUCGAUGCCACCUUCGGGGAGGCGCCGCUGACGGCGCUGGCACUGCCCAACGGGGACACCUCGGUGGUCGUGGGCAGCGCCCGGGGGGACGUGGCCGUGAUCGACCUGCGCAAAGGGCGGGUGCUGCGGGCACUGAAGGGGUUUGCGGGGGGGGUCCGGGGGCUGCAGUGCCACCCCCGCCUGCCCCUGGUGGCCUCCGUGGGCCUCGAUCGCUUCCUGCGCCUGCACGGCCUGGACGGGCGGCUGCGGCACAAGGUGUACCUGAAGUCGCGCCUCACCUGCCUCCUGCUGAACACACACCUGGACUGGGAGGCCCAGGAGGAGCCCCCUCCCCAAAAAGGGGUGAAGGAUGAGGAGGGGGACGAGCUGUGGGACGCUCUGGAGUCCAUCUCCACCCCCAGGAAGGGCAAGAAAAGGAAAAUUUCGGGGCUUUGAGGGGUCCCGGGACCCCCCCAAGACCCCCGCCCCCUCCCCCGCUGUAUAUAACGUCCAAAAUGUGGGAAAUAAACGGAAUUUUGGAGUUUUUGGAGAAAAAAUCGGAAUUUUGUGGGGAAUUGGGGCUGGGGGGUGCUGGGAUGGGUGGGGAGAGACCACAAAGGAAUUUUGGAAUUUUAACUCCGCCCCUCAAGGGGUUUAGCCCCGCCCCCAGGGGCUAAUUAAUUUUCCUAAUUAGCACCUCAAUAAUUAGCAGGAUUCCAUCUGGUUUUGAUGGGAUGGGGGUGAUUAAUUAAGCGCGGGUGGCUCAUUAAACACGGGCACGCCACAGCACCGCGGCCGAUAUCGCGAUAUCAUCGCGAUCUGACCCAACUGCAGGAGUUUUGGGUCUCUUUGCGGACGCGUUAAGGUCCCCAUUGGGCGUGCGCCGUUCCCAGAGGUGCUGCAAUAGCAGGAUGAUGGGGUUGAUAUCGCGAUAUAAUCACGAUAUAACCCAAUUUUUAUCUGCUUUUCACCGUUUGAUGUCCCCCGGUGGGGGUGCACCGUUCCCGGAGGCACUGCAAUACCGGGACGAUGGGGCUGCUAUCACGAUC